UUCUUCGUGAACCAUUUUCCCCAUUUCCCAAACAUUCAAAAAAAAAAAAACAAAAAAAAAAAAUCACAAAAAAUGGAACCACAACCUGAACUUGAACUCACUGAGUUAAUCCCGGGUCUACCCGAGGAAAUCGCACUCGAGUGCUUGACUCGGUUGCACUACGACACCCACGCCGUCGCCUCCGACGUCUGCCGCCGGUGGCGCCACCUGUUACAAGACCGUUCAUUCUACUACCACCGGAAAAAAUCCGGGUUAACUCGGAGAACGGCUUGUUUUGUUCAAGCACUUCCGGUUGAACCGGAACCGGGCCGGUCCGAAGCUAAACCGGAGAAACAACCGAAAUACGGGCUGUCGGUUUUCGACCCGGCUACAAACAAUUGGGACCAAAUCGACCCGGUUCCGAAGUAUCCAAACGGGUUACCGUUGUUUUGCCAGGUGGCAAGUACGGAGGGUAAGCUGGUGGUGAUGGGUGGGUGGAACCCGGUUAAUUGGGAACCGUUACGUGAUGUGUUUGUGUACGAGUUCACGACUCGGAGGUGGACUCAGCGAGUUGAUAUGCCGUCAACUCGGUCUUUUUUCGCUGCCGGCGCGUGUGAUGGGAAAGUGUAUGUCGCGGGUGGGCAUGAUGAAAGUAAGAACGCGCUUAGAAGCGCGUGGGUGUACAAUAUUGCCUUGGACGAGUGGACUGAGUUGACUCGGAUGAGUGAGGAACGAGAUGAGUGUGAAGGGGUGAUGAUCGGGUCGGAGUUUUGGGUUGUAAGCGGGUACGAUACGGAUAGUCAAGGACGGUUUAAGGAUGAUGCCGAGGUUUUGGAUAUUGUCGCCGGGACGUGGCGCCGCGUGGAGGGGGUGUGGGGGGAGAGUCGGUGUCCGAGGUCUUGUGUCGCGGUUGGGCAAAAUGGUAAUUUUAUUUCAUGGGGUGCGUACGAACCCGAAGUACAAGUUGGGACGUGUGGGGUUGACCUUGGGGACUGCGUUUUGGUUACCGGUUCGGUUUACCAAAGUGCACCGUUAGCGGUUUAUGUGGUGGAAAAAACUAACCAAGGGCAAAAUGGUAAAUCUACAAAGAUCGACAUCCCCAAUGAGUUUUCUGGAUUUGUGCAAUCGGGUUGCUUAGUCGAGAUUUAAGUUUUCUUUUUUUGGGCCUUUUUGUUUUAUGUGUAUAUUGGGGCAUUAGAAUGUGGUAUACAUAUGCACAAUAUUAUGUAAGUUUUGUAACGUUAUAUUGUGUGUUUAUAAAUAUAUGAUACCAUGAAUUUUCUAAUGUUAUAUUGUGUGUUUAUAAAUA